GCUACGGCAACCCGGCAACGUUUCCUCGUGACAGUGCUCUCUUAGGCUGACUGCUUUCCGACGUUCCAUUCACUAGGAAGCUGGUCCGGACCGACAGGGAAGGGAUAAUGAUGGAAAUAUAAUAAUAUCUGAGGACUGAAUGAGGAAAGGUAGAGCGAGGAUCACGGUUACAGCAGACACCGCAUUGUGCACACCCCACCGGCUUUGGACGUGAAUGGCGAAGGGUUAGCUGUUACAAAGCAUGUGAGCAAUGUGGCUGCCAGGAACGGGUUACACCAAUACUAGAGGGCUUACAAAGUGUGGCCCCCCACAGAAACACGGCAAUUGACAGUGGAAUGGCCCCUCAUCAUGACAAAGGUAUCAAAAAGAAUAUCCGUAUUUGAUAUUUUCCCAGAAGACGACAGAACACAGGAUGUGACCCCCUCAGGUGCUUUCGGAGAAGACUCCUCGGGGCAGACCGGCGCGGUGCAGCCGGUGGAUGAGGACGCCAUCAUCAUUUCCGCAGUCUCCGAUCUACAGAACCAAAAUGUCCCUGGAUCCGAAACUUUAUGCAGCUCAGAGGAGAAAUCGCCCCUGUGUCUCCUGCAUCGUAUGUCCAAAAUCCUCGUCCACGUCUCCAUCGUCCUGUCCAUUGUGGCAGCGGUUCUGUCUGUCCUUCUGAUCUUGCGGUAUUUCCUACAUCCCGCGGUGCAGCGAGCCUGUCCUGACUAUUUGGAGGCAUGUGCUCCCUUGUUAAACUGUUCUCAAGCAGAUGGUGCCAACCUCUGCCCACCUAGCAGACAGCCAAGCAAUCGGACCCUGGCCAGUGGUAAGCAUUACGUCCUGGUGCACCACAGUGGAGCAUGGUGUGUACAGACACUGAACCAGCAGGGGUUAUCAACUAAAGGCGUUAUUCCAAGAUUAUCACGUAUCAUUAUGAUUGAAUACAAGAAUCCUGUCCUGCUGCUGACCGGCCGCUCACUGCUCCAGGUAUACAGUGUGAACAGCGGCAAAUACUACACCGUGUGCCACCAGGGAUGGCAGACCGCGCAUAGCUGGACAGUGUGCAGAGAACUGGGCUUCAAUAGCCACGCAGUAUUAUCCUCCCCGCUGCCCCUCAGCACCACAGAGCCCGCCUGCCUGGAAUCCUUCGCUGUGAUGAAUAAAACCAGUUCAUCUCCCAGUAGCCUUGAUGGAUUCCUAAAUCCUGUGGAGAACUGUCCGAAUGAAGAAGGGGUAUCGCUGCAGUGCACAGACUGUGGUCGUUCCUCUGCGGAAAGUCAGCGUAUAGUUGGAGGAUCUCCUUCAGCCUGGGGACGUUGGCCAUGGCAAGUCAGCCUGCAUUGGGAUGGACGGCAUGUCUGUGGAGGGUCCAUUAUUUCGUCCCAAUGGGUGAUGAGUGCGGCCCACUGCUUUGUCCUGUCUAACUUUCUAACUGUGGCCAGGUGGAAGGUCCAUGCCGGCUCUACCUCCCCAAACCCAUCAACCUCUCACUCUGUCCAGAGCAUCUACUACAAUGGACUAUACAACCCCGAAACCAAUGACUACGAUGUUGCCCUGCUUAAAACUAGCCAGCCCAUGGGCUUUUCAGAGACCCUGCGGCCCGUAUGUCUACCCAGGACACGUCAGCAGUUCCAAACACGGGGCAACUGUUGGAUCAGCGGCUGGGGACACGUGAGUGAAGGAGGACAAUUGUCUCCAGUUCUCCGAGAAGCCAAGGUCCAUCUGAUCAGCAACCAGCUCUGUAACCAGUCCUCGUAUUAUCCGGGACUGAUCAGUGCUCGAAUGUUAUGUGCCGGUUACCUGGAUGGAAAAGUUGACUCGUGUCAGGGAGACAGUGGGGGUCCUCUUGUCUGCCAGGAAGGCGGCUUAUGGUGGCAGGUUGGCAUUGUGAGCUGGGGAGAAGGUUGUGGGAGACCCAAUCGGCCAGGAGUCUACACCAAUCUCACCACUCUCCUAGACUGGGUGUACCACCGCCUUCAGUCCGACAAUGAGAUUCCCUGAUCAGAAGACCGUCCAUGAACUUUUAUUUUUAGCAAUUAUUAUAAAAUAAAACAUAGAGUCCAUUG